UUUAGAAACGACUAGCUGACAUCUCUAACGCUACUUGUUGUGGGGGACACGUACUUCUCCUCUCCCCCCUUUGUAACCUCAGUGAAACCGCAGCUUGUGAGCCCGCACGGCAGGCUCCAACAUGUCACACCCACAGAGAAACAGGCUGACACCUCCGCAGAUCUCCCCAAAUCUGCCCAUUCGGUCCCGACUCUCAGAUCGGGCCUGUGGCAGUGAUGCUUUAUUAUUUAUUUCAGCAUGAUUUCUUGCCUCGUCUCGUCUACAUCAACGCAGAGAAGCAGGCAGCAGCACGGACGGACGGCUUUUUCCCUCGGUGUUAAAACGACAAACCUGCUGUAGCCUUAUGUCUGUGGUUGCGGCUCACCUGUUGGGGCCUGGAAUCAGCGAGGUGCUUCUGUGUAGCUCAAACCAUGCUGCAGAGCUCAGAUCUGCCCAGGAAGUUGCCUAAACGUAAAAGCCGCUUCAAACGCUCUGACGGCAGCACAUCAUCUGACACCACAUCCAGCUUCAUCAAGCGGCAGGGGUCGGCUGAUUCCUAUACCAGUAGACCGUCGGAUUCAGACCUGUCAGCCGAGGAGGACCGCGAGGCGUAUCGGCGUGAAGCCGAACGCCAAGCACAACAGCAGCUUGACAGAGCUAAGUCCAAACCUGUAGCGUUUGCGGUAAAGACAAAUGUGAGUUACUGCGGAGCUCUAGAUGAAGACUGUCCUGUCCAAGGAGCUGCAGUCAAUUUUGAUGCCAAAGACUUCCUGCACAUCAAAGAAAAGUACAACAAUGACUGGUGGAUCGGGCGGCUAGUCAAAGAGGGAGCAGACAUUGCCUUCAUCCCCAGCCCUUUGCGACUGGAAGCAAUGAGACUCAAACAGGAGCAGAAACAGAGGAAAACUGGAGGAAACUCGUCCAGUAUAGGUGACAUGGUGACUGGUGGCUGGAGGACCACUCCGCCAUCUGCAGGUGAACCUAAACAGAAGCAAAAACAGGAACAUGUCCCUCCCUAUGACGUGGUGCCCUCUAUGAGGCCGGUGGUCCUCGUGGGACCAUCACUGAAGGGCUAUGAGGUGACAGACAUGAUGCAGAAAGCCCUGUUUGACUUCUUGAAACACAGAUUUGAGGGAAGAAUCUCAAUCACCCGUGUAACUGCUGAUCUGUCCUUAGCCAAGAGGUCUGUUCUCAACAAAAGGCCCAUAAUGGAGCGGUCCAACACGCGCUCCAGCCUGGCGGAGGUUCAGAGUGAGAUUGAGAGGAUAUUUGAGCUCGCCAAAACCCUGCAGCUGGUGGUUCUGGACGCAGACACCAUCAACCACCCCACACAGCUCACCAAAACCUCUCUUGCUCCCAUCAUCGUCUACGUGAAAGUUUCCUCGCCAAAGGUGCUGCAGAGGCUGAUCAAGUCCAGGGGAAAGUCUCAGAGCAAACACCUAAACGUGCAGAUGAUGGCGGCAGACAAACUCUCUCAGUGCCCCACUGACAUGUUUGAUGUCAUUUUAGAUGAGAACCAGCUGGAAGAUGCUUGUGAGCAUCUGGCUGAAUACCUGGAGGUGUACUGGCGUGCCACUCACCUCCCAGGAAACAGUCCUCUGAAUCCCUUACUGGAGCAGAGCCUGAUGACCCCUCCCUCUGUCAUCUCCAGCCUACAGAACAAGAACCAGGCGCAGCCCCGAGAGGCGGUGGGCUUGGAGGGUGAUGAAGAGGAGGCCGGCCAGGAGGCCCACUCCCCCCUUGAGCAGGACAGUCUCAUGCCAUCUGACGAGGCCAGCGACUCCCUGUCCCGCGGCCACAGGGGGAGCCCAUGCCACACAGGGGUGGAAGAGGAUGAAGAUGUGGAGGAGGAGGAGGAGGAUGAGUAUGCCUCCCCCUGUCACGCACGCACAUACAGGGACAUGUACCCCUCUCACCGUGGGCAUCCAGGAGGUGCCCACAGUGCUAACGGGCACGAGUCACAAGACAGGCUGCUCCAGCGUGAAGCUCAACAAGAUCACAACCAGAGGAUCAACCGGCAGCGUAGCCGCCCCUGGCCCCGAGACAACUACUGAAACAAGGGCCCGCUUCCAGCUUCACCAUCAAGCCCCACGCCCCCCAACUGUCGCACGGUCCUAAACAGACUUUCCCAAAAUCGGCUCGUGUUUACAUAUGGCUCAGAAACAGAUGAUAAUCUAGUUAGCAUUCCUCUAAUCUUCAAAUUAAAUCCAACAGGGCUACUCACCUCUGCAACAGAAAGGUUCCAGGCUGCUGCUCGGCCUGAGGGUCUCUACUGUAGGAUGUCUCAUACUCUGGCCUUAAAACCUCCAAGACUUUUCAUCGUCUUUACUAUUGCAUGUAUAAUUAUUUUAAGACUAUUUGCACAAUGCGGCUGAACAGGAAGUGAAUGAUCUUUACGGAUUAACCAACGUAGGAAUGUCCAGUGUUAAAUUCAUUUAUGGGUAAUUGUAAUGCAUUUGAUUAUGACGUGUGUGUAUAUAUACUGAAUGAGCUCUUGGUUUGGUUUCGUUGCUUCUUUAUCUGUUGGAUUUUGUUGGUACGGACAAAUGUUUGUUGCAUCCAUGUUUUCACUGACCGAUGUUGUAAGAGGCAGCCUCCGACCGGUCACAGGCUGCAGUAGGUCCACUUGUUGUUGCACUAUCACCCUCCAACACCUUGAAAACAAAAAAAAAAAAGGCACUCAGAAUGUAAAUACAACUAAGAAAUGGAAUGUUUGAAAAUGUUUCAAGGAACGGAUUUGCCAAAACGCUUGUUUACAUCCCAUCAUUCCCACAUUACCAAGCACACGCUGCACAGCUGCAGCUCCCGAGUCAAAGCUUCACAGAAUGUAAGCUUGCAUGCCUUUUGCACCUCCGGCACCACCUGGUUUCUACCCCGUUCAUCCAACUGUAGCACGUUACUGAUUGUAGCACUCACCAUUUCCAAGAUUUUAAGCAUUUUUAAAAUUUCUUUUCCACACUAAGAUGGAUCCUCAGGUGUAAGUCCUACUACACCGCCAUCGAGCUCAGCUCCACGUUCCGUCAGGCUCCUGAGGCGCUCGUAGCACCCAUAACAUCUUGUCCAUCUCUAGUCCGUGAGCAGAGUUUGAUGCUGUUGAGCAGCGACCCGUCUCUGUCCCUCCACAGGGACAGCGUUUACUGCUUCCACGUGUCGCAUACAGUUAUCUAGUGUUCUGUAUAUAUAAAGAGAAAAUUUUAAAAAAUGCAUGACUUUAAAAAAGAAAAAAAUCUAUGCAAGUGUUGCAUGAAAUCUGAUCGUUUCUUUUUCCAGUUAAGUAUUUUAGUAAAAUGCGUUUGGUUCGGACUCUCCUCGUCGUCUUGUAGUGAUGGUCGUGUCUUUGGGGCGACUCGCAACACGAUUACUGAACAUUUAUUUCUCCAAAGCCCCGAGCGCUGAGGAUGCCCCUAAAAGUAUUCCCAGGGUGGAUUUUAUUUCUAAACAACUGACUAGAGUUAGGGAGUUCUCACAGGCCUGCAUGUCUCAGUUCAACAAUUAGCUACUUUCAUAACAUUUUGCCAAUUUGUUUAUCAAAGUGGACCAACUUAGCAACCGAUGACGCAGAUAAGGAUGUUCAAUUUAUCAAGCACAAUUUCUACAAGGGUUAUCAUUUAAUUUUCUUAUUCUGUAUGCAAUAUGAAGCCUAACAUUAAAAAAACAAAACAGACUAACGCCUUAGACCAUCCGGACUUCCUCUAUGUGAGUAGAAAAAAAUUGCACUAUUUUAUUUUGUUUGGGGAUGGGGUGGUUGCUUUGUAAUGCAAUAACUGCACUAAAUCCAACCAUGUAUCCACCAGACUACCACAGCGUGCUAGCGUGGUCCGACACGCCUCUUCCCUGGAUUUAUCAAAAAGACAGAAAAUGAGUAGAAAAGUGAGCCGUUUCCUGCCUGAUGCUGUAAAGAAUGCUUUCUAUUUCAAAACCGAUUUACAAUGCUAAGUGAAAUAUGACUUCAACUAAAUAAACAAGACAUUUUAUGUACUUUUAA